AUGGCGGCGCCCAUGCCUUUCCCGGCCGCGAGGGGGGGCCACGGCUGGGUGCCCCGCGCCGGCGUCGGGGAGUGGCGGAAACGGCAGGGCUUUGCCCCCAGCUCUGCAGGCUACGGCCCCCUCCGGGAUCUGCCCGACUGGUCCUUUGUAGACGGGCGCCCGGCCCCGCCGUGGAAGGGGCAGCUCCGGCGUCAGCAGGAGAACGAGGACUUCGCGCGGCGCGUGGUCAGGCUGUCCACGGAGCUGUCCCAGGCCAAGCAGCGCUGGAAGAAGCUGCAGGAGGCGGCACAGGAGCAAGAGCAGCUCCGGCUCCAGCGCCAGCUGCAGCCCAAAGGGGGCACUCUGCGUGGGGGGGGCAAUAAAGUUCCCUGAGCCUCG